AUGACCCGGGGGCGACCCUCUCACGGGCGGGAAGGCGGAGGGAAUGACCUUCGGGGGCCAGAAGCACGGACAGCUCCCCGGGCGGCAGCCCCGGACGGCGGCCAGGUUCCCAGCCCACCCGCCACGUCCGUCCUCCCCCCCGGAACCCUGACCAGCUCCUUCCACGGCCAGACCCAGCUCCUGUCUCACUUCUGGCCGGAGGCCCCGUCUGCACCCUGGAGGCAGAACCACCCGGGGGACGGAGAGCUGUGUCUUCUGAGGCCACAGCAAAGAGGCCACCCGGCCGCCCCACCCUCGGGCAAACCCCACACACACAGAGACCCCGCGCGCUCGCUCACCCCUACCCACGCCCACGCGGGGACGCACGGAGACGCGCAGCGGCGCCCCCAGGCUUUCCCUGGAAAAGUGGGCCCGUCCCCCCGCCACGUGCACACCACUUCCACCCCGCGUGUGGGGGCCCCAGACCGUGUCCAGCUCCCACGUGCCACGGGUGAGGAGGAAGUCAGGGCAGCGUCCCCGCGCCGAGCGGAGGAACUGGCCGCAAGCCGCAGCGGAGGACAGCGGGGGCUGGGUGCCUCCCGGUCCCCCUCCCCCACACCCCCACCCACCUCCACGAAGGACCCGAGACCGGGCGUCACCCGGGGGGGCGCUCCGCUGGGCCUGGCCCUCGGCAGAGGCGGCGGUCACCCCCGUCGGCGUGGAGGGGACAGGAGGGACAGCCAGCGGCGGCGUCACUUCCGGGGGGCGGGCGCCGCCCAGGCACCGGGUUGGCAGGGACUGAGAAGACGGGUCCGCCGGCUGGGACGCGGCCGAGGGGGCGGCUCCGUCCUGCAGCGCCCGCCUGGCUGGCUCCUGGCUCCUGGCUCCGCGUCGGGCCUGACGGUCCCCGGGCGGCGGGCCGCAGCCGCCCCCUCCCCACCUCCACCCCCGCGCUGGGGCUCUGCCCACACCCCGGGAGUUCCUUCAGCCUCAGAACGGCAGACGGGUCCUCUUUCUGGCCAGAUGGCGAUGAGCCCUCACAGAGGGAAAACGGGGCUGGCCGUGGUCACCUCGGGUAACGUGAAACAGGUCAGUUCCCUGGCGCUUACAGCCAGCGGUCAAGCUGGUGCCGAGACCCAGCGUGCAGGCCCGGCCCCGCCCCGCGGUCAGCGUCCCGAGGCUGUGCCGCCGGGGCCUGCUCUCCCGCAGCAAGGCCAGCUCUGCUCCCCAGAGCGGGUCCCCAGCCCACGCGGUCCAGGCCGGGUCCAGGCCGACAGAGUCCAGUUGCCUCGCUGGUCCCCCUUCCGGGGUGGGGCUGUUUCUCUGGCCUCUGAGAGAAGCGGGCCUGAGCUGCGGGAGGCCUGUGUGUCAGCCGGGGCGGGGGUGAUUUUCACUGAUCGGAUCCACGUAAACCGCUCCGCUGUCAAGACCCUUGUUCCUUUUCAGAAGCCGCGCUGCCAGGCGGGCCCCUCCGCCCAGCACGGAAGCCUCUCGCGGCUCCCAGCAGAGCAGCAGCCCCCCGUCACGCAGACGAGAGCCUGGGGCCCGAGUCACGGGGGGGCAGAGGCGCGGGCCCCUGGGAGCUGCCCCGCGGCACGCCCGCUGCCCCCGUCCUUCUCUCCCUCCCUCUCUCAUCACGCCCUCCAGGCUGGUCAGUCCCUAGAGGCCUGGCUUCCCCAGAGACAGCUCCGCCCCCAGACAGGCCCUGGAGCAGACGUCGGCGGGGUGCGGCGCCUGGGCGGGCGGAGCUCAAGGCCGACAGAGAACCCGUGCAGCCCCCCGGCCGGCCCCCCGCAGCGCGCCAGCCGACCGUGGUCCCCGCACACCCGGCAGCUCCGUCCAGGGGUCGUCCGGGGGUGGCUUGUCCAGCCAGGCGGACGGAGGGGCAUCACCCAACAGCCCCGCGUACCCCCAGGCCCCAAGUCCAGGGCCACCGGGCUGGGGCAGGAGGGGCCUGGGGGAUUCCGGACUGCCCGGAGACCCUGCCCCGUGUGCAGGCGGGGCCGGCGCCUGGUCAGGAACAGCAGCCGCAUGGUGGCCUUUGGAGGUACAAGUCACGUGGCCUCCUGCCAGGCCCCGAGCCCUCGGGCCGGUUACGCAAGCAGGGACCUCGGCGCCCGCGGAGAGAACGCGGGGGACCCGCGUGCAGCGCCGAGCUCCCCGUCCUGCUGGCGGCACCGCUGUGCUUGGCCCCGCUCCUGCCACGUGGCGCCUCCACACUGGGACAAGCCCCGCCGGCAGCGGCACGCCCGUGUGGGAGUCACGUGCGGGGUGGCCAGGCCCGGCCGUCACCCAAGCGCGGGGGCCAGGCUGCAGGAGGCGCCUCCCUCCCGGCGGACCCCAGCCUCAGAGGCCGGGUCCCAGGGCCGUGAGGCCCCCAGAGCUCAGCUCCCCCAGCCGCGGGUCCGCAGGCUCCAGCGAGCUUGCCAGGGGAGCCCCCGUCCUCUCUCACGGCUCGGGAGCGGCCCCAGACGCCGCUGCCCCGCCCUGCCCACACCCGAGGGCCCACCUGUGACUGUCGGUACCUCCCGGCACAGGGGCUCCAGGCAGGGUCCCCCCGCCUGCGAGGCUCGCUCAGGAGCUGCCCGCCCCAGGGCUGCCCAAGCAGCGCAGCUGAGGCUCCCGGGCCAGCCGAGGGGGGACGCGUGGACAUCUGCGCUCAGGCCAGAGACCCACAGCCACACAGACCCACCGCGUACCCUCAACGACAGCGGGAACAAUACCGCAGAUGGUGGGGGUGGCAUGAAGAACAGAACCUUGCUCCUCACGGUUCUGGAGGCUGGAAGUUCAAGAUCAAGGUGCCGGCAGUUUCGGAGCCUGGCGUUCCACAGCUCACACUCGCACGCGUGCACGUCGAAAGGUCGUGACGAGCUGCACAUCUUACAUCUCUUCACGCGCCACCCCUUCCUCUUUCUGAGACCGCCCCCCGACGUCCCAUCCAGGUGGGCCGCGAGCCACGUGAUGACCACCUGUCGGGCCCUUGGAGUCCGCAAUCAGAAGAGCCAGGCAGCGAUUGAAAAAUCCUCCGUCAUCCGUUGCCUUCCUGCACUGGCUCUCAUCCUGGCUCUCAUCCUGGGCCCUCGCGGGAAGUCCCCGAGGAGACUUCAGCCCCACAUGCAGACCGUUGGCCUCGUGACCUGCCGUCUCCUAGCCUCUCAGCUUCAGGUUUCUCGUCUGUCAAGUGGGGACGGCAGGCUGCACCUGCCAGGGCUGCUGCGGCGAGCCCUGGCCAGCGCGGGAAGAGGCCCGUCGCGUGGUCACUACGGGGGCCUUUUGUGA